CGAGUGCACUAGCUAAGGACAGUUAACUUUUUAGUAACUUUAAUGGCUAAAGUAAGAGGUAAGAGUGAAAUGAGAGCAAGCAAGUUAUAAGCUAUUCAAUACCUAAUGUCCAGCUGUAAAGGGUCAUGUCACGUGAGAGUUUCCCCUUCACUUCCAGCUCACUGCGUUCACUCAGACUGGAGCAGGAGUUCCAGGAUUGGGAGGAUGCACGUCGAUCUCUGGCCCACAGGAGAGUCAUGAGCCGGGCUCCUUUACCCCCCGCCCCAAGACAUCCUCCACGCAGGAACCAGCAGCGAAUCCAGGAGGUCCGGGCUGCUCCUCCACAAGUGCGAUGUAGAGACACAGCUAUUCACAACACCUUUAUGUGUGGAGAUAUGAAGGGUGUGUAUGCAGUGCUCAAAGACCCUGCCAUGGUCAAUGCUCUGAUGGAGACCGUGCAUGAGGAGAUGGUGUGGACUCCAGAAAUGGGAAUGUGGACACUCAGUUCUAAAGUGAAACAGACCUCUGCCCUACGCCUGGCUGCCAGCAGGGGGCACUCUGGGUGUGUAGAGGAGCUGUUGUUCAGAGGAGCAGAGGUUGAUGCUGAUCCUGGAGGUAGCACAGCGCUCCAUGAUGCCUGUGUUGGGGGUCACUCUGUCUGUGUGCAGCUGCUGCUCGCUCACGGCGCAGAUCCAGAGGUGCUGUCCGCUGAUGGGUGUGCUCCCCUGCACCUGUGCAACUCCUUGCAGUCAUUACAGUGA